CGCCCCCUCCUUAAAAAAAAAAAUAAUCCUUUCAUUCAAUUGAACUUGGACAAAGUUUUGUAAGCGAGGGGGGAAAGGCAGGCAUAAAAUCCAUGGGGCAGACACAGCCUUUCAGAACGGAGUGCCUCUUAUCUGAUGGUGGAAACAGAAGUUUAAAAGUCCUCUUCACCCCUUAACCUGCAGAGGCGGAAGCCUACGUUUUGGAUGCCCAAACCUGCGAGGAUCGGUUGAGAAAAUCCGGACCCAGCGAGAGAAAAAGAAGCCAAGUUCUUUUAGAUCAGAGUUGGACCCUGUGGACGGUCCACUCACCGUGGACUUAACUUGCCCUUCGGACCUUCUCUGGGCUCAAGGUCGAGCAAAGCUGAUGAUGUGGACGACAGCAUUAGCAGGAGAUGUUUACAGGUUGGACAACACUGUUGCAUCACCUUGCAGCAGAGUCUUGUGUAUUUCCUAGGGUCUGGAGAAGGUCUUCCAUCGCAGAGUACCACAACUCUGUACAGCUCUGCGGCCUUCUUAUAUGACGUCCGCUACCAAGGUGUACUACAGCCAGACCACACAGACGGACAGCAGGCCCCUGAUUGGCUCCGCUCUGCGCAAGAGGCGGGUCAUGACGAAAGACGGGCGAAGCAACGUGCGGAUGGAGCACAUCGCUGACAAGCGGUUCCUCUACCUGAAGGACUUGUGGACCACCUUCAUUGACAUGCAGUGGCGCUACAAACUGAUUCUUUUCUCGGCCUCCUUCGCUGGAACUUGGUUCAUCUUCGGUGUCAUUUGGUACCUUGUGGCUGUUCUUCAUGGGGACCUGCUGGAGUUCGACCCACCCGCCAACCACACACCGUGCGUCAUGCAGGUCCACACGCUCACCGGGGCCUUCCUUUUCUCCCUAGAGUCUCAGACCACUAUUGGCUACGGCUUCCGCUACAUCAGUGAAGAGUGUCCACUGGCCAUUGUCUUGCUUAUCAGUCAGCUGGUCCUCACGACGAUCAUGGAGAUCUUCAUCACCGGCACUUUCUUAGCCAAGAUUGCCCGGCCCAAAAAGAGGGCAGAGACCAUUAAAUUCAGCCAGCAUGCCGUGGUGGCACAGCAUAACGGCAAGACCUGCUUAAUGAUCAGAGUGGCUAACAUGCGGAAAAGCCUGCUCAUUGGUUGCCAGGUGACCGGCAAACUCCUCCAGACCUACCUCACCAAGGAAGGUGAGAACGUCCAUCUCAACCAGGUGAAUGUGCACUUUCAAGUAGACACGUCCUCUGACAGCCCCUUCCUUAUCCUGCCUCUCACGUUCUACCACGUGGUGGAUGAUAACAGCCCUUUCCGGAACAUGGCCUUGCGCACAGGGGAAGGAGACUUUGAGCUCGUCGUCAUCCUCAGCGGCACCGUGGAAUCCACCAGUGCUACCUGCCAAGUGCGGACCUCCUACCUCCCCGAAGAGAUCCUUUGGGGCUAUGAGUUUACCCCUGUCAUUUCCCUCUCCGCCAGUGGGAAGUACGUCGCUGAUUUCAGCCUCUUUGAGCAGGUGAUCAAGGUAGCACCUCCAUGCUGUCUCCAUGAGACCGUGCGGUUUGGUGACCCCGAGAAACUGAAGCUGGAGGAAUCCUUCCGGGAGAAGGCAGAGAGAGAAGGCACCCCCUUGAGUGUCCGGAUCAGCAAUGUUUGAUUUCUCUCAGAGGCCAGUGUCUCACGAGUAUUAAUAUCUUUAUUAGCUUCUGGAAUUCCUUCCUUCCUUUAGACUCCUGGCAUUCCCUUUUGCCCUAAGAUUCAGUGCAGAUUGAGUGUUCUUUUAUUUAGGAAUCUGUUAAGGGAAUGUAGUGUUAGUUUUUCUCCUGAAACAGCAGCCGCUCUCUGCCCAUACCAGAAUAAACAUCUCCUCCAAGCAUUUUUUCAUUGUGCUAGUUUUUUAGAAAAAAAUAUAUACAGUGGUGGAGCCAUUGUUUGGGAAUCACCAGCUCCUGUUCCCUGGAGGCAGCUGAAUACACACCAGCAGGACUACAUAUUUCCAGGGCAGUAUGCUUUCCAGUUCUGCAGUAUGCUAUAUUUUAUAUAAACAGCUGGGGUUUUUCUAUGUUGAAACCUCUCACCGUGAAGAUUAGCACUUAAUACCAGGUUAACCUGCAAAAUGUUGAUGGAUAGACAAUGAAUUGGGACACUGAGAACAAAAAAUGAAGCAGCUGAACGGAAUCGAUGCCCCACGAUAAGCAAGCUCUGUGAAGUGCCUGACUUAAUCCUACCAGUAUAUCUACCCAGGUUAAUAUUCUCUUGCUAGUGCAACCAUUGCUGGGUAACUCAGAGACCCUGCAACCCUACCUACCAUGGGACAGAACGUUCUGGUGGAAAUGUUCAUAUAAAAAAAAGGGAGAGGGCACCCUAUUAUUUCUCUGUCUUCCAUAAAUAUUCACUUACCUCUUUUAAAAAAAUAUGUUUUUUGGUGACACAUCUUGGUAUUUCACAUAAGAGGUGGGAUGUGAGGACAGGCCCAGCUGUGCCUUAAGAUCUAUGCUGUGACCUCUGUCCUGGACGUUUAGUUGUUCCACUUUUGAGGUCCUUCCUUAAACACACUCUUCCCAGUCUUCUCUGCCAACAGUAGAGAUGAACAGGCACAAAUGUUUUUAAAAGCGCUGCAAGAAUUACAGAGCUACGUAGUAUGGUUGUGCAUGAACUGGUUCGUCCACUCCUGGGAGGCGGGAGGGAGGGGCUUUAAGGAGCAAGGAGGGUGCCCUUACUUGCCCCGCUGUUUUCCUCCUGCUGGCGCUCUCCCCAAAACUGCUGACAUGGGGCUGCAGCAUACCUCCUUGCAGCCCAGGCCACUUCCGGUAUGACGCUGAACCGGCUCGAAUGCCGGACUUCCGAACUGGUUCAGCUGGUUCGUGCACAUCCCUACUAGAUAGCCUAAGAAGUUAUUCCGUUAAUAACGUUCCAUGCUGCAAGGCAGUCUGGUCCUAUUUUUGUUAGCUGGUGGAGCUUUCUAUAAUGGUUCCAUGUUCAUUAUCAUCUACAAAAGUUAAGAAAGUUUCUGCUUUCAGAACUAAAGGAGGAUUCGUCCUUAACAUCUUGGUGGCCAAUGGUACAUAAGUAUUUCUUGGAAAUGAUAAGCAAGAUGCAGCUAGGGACUGAAAUGAAUUCAGGAAUUCAGGGGCUGAUUCGUCUCCAUAUCCUGCUAGGGUGCCCAGUUCCUUAAGCACUAGGUGAACCUCUAAUCACAACAGAUCUGCUAUACUUGUUGUUUUACUGUAAAUUAUCAACAUCGAAAAUGCUGAACCUAGAAGCUAAGGAAAUACGAUCCUGCAUACCAUCAUAUGAGAGAACGUACUGCUCUUUUCCUAAGCUUUCAACUGUGGUAUUUCUCCUCCAUUCCCUGUCCACCAUUUUGAGCUGAGAAGAGACCUCAGGUGUGACCAAAAAAUGGGGGGAUGUCAAUGUCAACUGUGACAAAAAGUAAUUUUGUGCCAUUGUGAAGACAGACUGAUUCAGCAGAGAGAGAAUCUAUAUUUAAACUGCAUUUUUUUUUAUAAAGCUAACCAUUUUGCAUGCUGAUGUUUAACCUUUAUCCACCAGAACUCAACGCAAGGUGUGUUUUUAAAGUGCCGGCUAAAUAUCUAAAUAAACUUAGGAGACACUGACAAAGGAUUUAGGAAAAGUUAAGUGGACUUAGAGGCAAGGUCAAUCAUAGGAAAUCCUGAACCUGGAAACACAAUCACAGAGAAUGUGUUGAAAAGGUAUUUCUGAAAGAGCCUUACAGGCUUUUUUGUGUUCUCAGAAUCACGUCAUUCAUGUACAUAUGCAGCUAUAGGCAGAAUGAAAAGACAGUCUUUCUGAGUCAUUCAAAACUUCCAGCCCAAAGGAAGGAGUUCAUUUUAUUCUAUUGACAGUGUGAGGCCAAUGAUUUCUGUCUUUGAGAGGCCUCCACAACCAGUGCUGUAUGGACAAAGCAAUACUGAACUUGUCCUAUAUGACUGCUAGGUAGAUAGUUUUGUGGGUCAAUGGAGCUGGUGGUGUGGGGAGGGGGGCGUCAUUGGCUCUUUUUCGGAGUCAUGCUGUUGUGGGCCUGAGAUGGUUUCUUAGAGGAACGGAGUCUGAAAUGGUAUCAUAUACAGCAAGAAGACACAGGGAGAGAGUUAACAUCCUCUCCAUAGACAAAUAUCUAUUAAAGUAUCUAUUUAUAUAAAUGAUAAAAAAUAUUAUAUAUAUUAUAUAUAUAUAUAUCCUAUUUGUAAAAAAAGAGAGGACUAAUGGAACUACUGUGCACUUUUUUUCUUUUGUCUGCAAGAAGUUAAGGAAUGGGUGCAAAAUGCUAUCAAAGCCAAAAAGAAAGUUAAUCAGAGAUUAUCCAGGCAGUUUGCUCUGUCUGUCUGGAUCUAUUGUGAUCCAUGUGGCUUCCUUCCUUUUGGUUAAUCAGAAAUGUUUUGGAUGGUAGAUUCCUUCCUUCCUUCCUUCCUUGUAGAAAAUCCCCUUCCCAUGUUCAGUUUGCAAUGGAAACAUUACUUUGCACAUGUGAAUUUUGAAAAAUGUGUAGAAAUUAACAAGAUGGCAGAAGACACAUGCCGUGCAUUGAAUGAAGACCCUCCCCACACACAUCUUACAUUCAUUUGAUGAUGAGUAAAAGCCACCCUAAGUUCGCUCGGAGGUGGUCAUGUCAGCCCCUACACACACGUUUUUGGUCCCAUCCUUUGGUGCAGCUCCGCAAGCACAGAGUGUGUUGGGGUGAGGGAGAGACGUAGAGGGAGACACAGGUCAUGCUUGGGAAGCAUUCAUCAUCCACUGUGCAAUUGAUUGAAGGGUUCCAGGGGAAGUGUGUAUGUGGAGAUGGGGAAGCAUACCACAGCUGUGCCAUGAUGCUGUGCCAAAAAUGAAGAGUCAGUCUGAGAACAUGUAAAGAGACAUGAAGUUGUUGGGCAGAGUUUAGAUCCUACCUAAGAGCUAAGCCCUGCUCAGACAAUGAGGUCAUUCACACAAUCAAAAACUGUAUUCUACCUGGGUUUGGGAGAUGUGUGGGCUCCCAAUUUUCGGUUUUGUGGAAGCAAGGUAGGAGGAAAACCUGGGUCGCUUUUCCUCCAACCUGGCGGAGGCCAUGCACGUGACUUACCUACGGAGGUCAUGUGCAAGCCGGCGUUGUGCAGGGGCAGCUGGGAGAGAGCGCCGCUGGUGCACAAUGAUAGCUGCGGGGGGACAUGAUUCAGGAAGUGGUGGUGAGUGGAUCAGGAGCAGAUAUGGACCUGCUCUCUUCCAUGUUAAAGGGAAUGUGCUGCGAUUCGGCAUCCAAUUCGCGUUUUGUGCACAGUCCUAUUCCACACUACCCAGUCCACACUACCCAGGUUUUCCUCUUAUUUUGCCGAAAACUGGGAGCACAAACAGCUCCCCAAACCCAGGUAGAACACAGUUUUUGAUUGUGUGAAUGACCUCAUUAUGUUGUACGAGCAUUCAGAUGCCUGCACACAGGUACAUGUUUUUGUGUGGCUGACUGUACCCGCAUUCAUGUUAAAAGUGAACCUGGAUACAGGCCCACCUGAAAUGCAAGAUAUGGAUAGGAAGUGUCCUGCUGUACCCGUGUUCAGCGUGAUGUGUGAAUGUGUAUACUGUACGCUCAUACGAGCGUUGGUCAUAAGAUGUGAAUUGGGCACUAGCCUUGGUCAGACCACUUUUGGCUUCAGUUCUUAAUACAUUUCUAUACCUCCCGAAACACAAGAACAUUUCCUUUAAUCUCCAUGUGGGAGAAACAUAGCAUGAAUGAAUUUGAUGGAGUGUAUCCAGCCACAUCCAGAGGAUAUUAUGUAAUUUCUAAGUUAUUUCCAUAAGCCCCCAAGUAAAUGUAUGCCAACAGAUAAUUUUUCAGGGCUCCAGAGUUCACAAGAAGCUGACUGAAUUGGCUACCCAUGGGUGGUCCUGAGUGGAUUUAUUCCAGAUAUAUCCUCCUUUUUUCAGAAGUCGAUGGAAAGGAACAUUUUCCCCACUUAAAACAAAGCGCAGACAGCACGAUAUGACCUUUCCAUUCCAGAAAAGCACAAAUUGUGAUUUUCAGAGGAUUUCUGUUAUCAGGAAAAGCUGUUUAGAAAAUGCUUAAACAAAGCAUUUAUGGCAAGAGUCUCACCCUCUUGGCAUGGAAUUUAAUUGACUGACAGGCAAGCAACUCAGUUGAAUAAGAUGUUAAUUUUGCUCUUCUUUCAUGCCAUCCAACCUCACUUAGGUGUUUAUGGCGACACAGGAUAGGCUCUGAUCCUAUGUAAUGCCCCGAAGACUGCUCAAACAGAGCAAGUGUUUGAUCACUGAAUCCAGCUGUGCAUUAACUUGAUUCUUUUUUAAAAAAGUUUAUUUUGUGCCUGAUAAUGAUGUACUGUACUUCAUAAAUAUGAAGAUUUUUAGCCACUGAAGAAGACUUUGCACUAAAAAUUUGGGUUUUUGCGGGGUGAAGGGGGGGGAGCUGUUUAUUGUCUUCUGUUUAGAACAAAGUCACUAAAUAAAAACAAAUUCAGAUUUUA